AACCUACAAGAGCUUUCAUAUACCUACCCCUGGCACAGCUCUGGUAAUAAACGUGACCGCCCCCCUACCAUUGGCCCAGCCGCCAACGUCACCCAUCCCCAAACACUCCCAAUUCCUCAGCCUCAGCCUCGCGCCGCACCACCACCCCGAACACUCACAGCUCCACCACCACAACCCACAACAGCAAUGGCAACCACGCCCUCAAUAGCCUGCAUAGGCAUAAUAGGGAAAGCCAACAACCCCCUCCACAUAUCCAUCUUCCCCACCUGCCCCCCUCAAUCCCCUGGCGGCUUCCCAGAACCCCUCCUCACCCCGCUGCAGACAUCGCUUCUGCUAUCGUCGACGCUGGAUAUUUUUGAGGCGCGCGCGCGUGCGAAUGCGCUGAAUGGACAGGGGUUGAGUUCCGACUAUGGACUGUUGAAGAAUGUGGAUGAGCGGUUGGCGAUGUUUGGGUGGGAGACGAAUACCGGGGUGAGGUUUGUGGUGGGUGUUGAUAUGAGGGGGAAUGGGGGGGAGAGGGAGGAGGAGGUGAGGAGGGGGAAGGGUGUUGUUGGUGGACUGGGGUUGAGGGAGGGGGAAAUGAAGAUUGUUUUCCGAGCCAUCCAAACAGCAUACGUCCGCCUCCUCCAGAAUCCCUUCUACGAACCCGAUGACCACAGCCCGUUGACGGGACACGGGGGGAAGAAGAUCGAGAGCCGACGGUUUUCGGAUGAGAUGAAGAGGAUUGGAGCGAACUGGAAGGCGGGGGCGAUGACACUGUGAUUAUGAUGGCAGGUGCGUUCAUGGUGGAGAUGUGGGAGUGCUGGUGUUUGAUAUGGGUUAGCAUGGCGAGGCGUUAUUGGGAAGUGAAGUUUGGGAGAUUCUUACAACGUGAAGUUGUUUAAGAUGAUCGUCGGCUGGGAUAUACUCUCGGUGUUGCGAUAGAAUGAAUUCAAGGCUUAAAAAAGCCAAAGGUUUCCCAAGUGUCUUUCGAUCUUACUUGACAUCUCUUACCUGAUUGCAGAAACGCAUCUACAGUGCCAAUACUGGCAGCAGUGAUACAGAAGAGUUCGACUCUUCCUUCACCUCUUAUUUUUCUGGAUAC